CACCCUGAACACUUGACCGUCUGACUGAUGGUGCAUUGAUCGAAGGCUGUAAUCAGGUUGGAAAUCGCAUCACUGCCUGAAAUUGUUCACUUUUAGCGUCCGCUGUGGUCCGCUAGCGUCAUGGAUGACAAUGACGAGGAAACUAAAACCAUCGAUAUUGAUCCAACAUGGAUAUAUGAUGCAAAAUAUUUAGGCAUUGAGAAGAAAGAACCAAAGAAAAAAAAACUUGUUUCCAGCAAAGAUUUUGAUCUUGAAAAAUUUGAAACCGAUAUAGGUUGGAAAUCUAGGAAAGUGACCUUUGAACUAACAGAAGAAUUAGCAGAUUUAAGAAAAGAUAUCAAUCCGUUAGACAAGAUUUUAGAGAAGUCUGUUAUUAAAUCUGAUUUUGAAAAGUUGCAUGUUGUACCACCCUACGAGUUAAGCAAACGUCAAUUGAAACUGCAUAAACGACGUGAGAAAAGUAAAAUGGGAACAGGUGCAGAAUGGUUUAACAUGCGUGCACCUGAAAUAACACCUGAGAUUAGAUACGAUCUUGAAGUACUAAGAAUGAGAUCUGCACUAAACCCAAGACACUUUUACAAAAAGAAUGAUAUGAAAGCAUUACCGACAAACUUCCAUGUCGGCAAAGUUAUUGAUUCUCCAAUGGAUUACUACUCUUCCCGUCUUACAAAGAAGGAGCGCAAGAAAACAAUCGUUGAUGAACUUAUGGCAGACGCUGAGUUUACAAAAUACAACAAGCGUAAAUACAAGGAAAUUAUCGAAGAAAAGCAAAAGACACACUAUAAAGCAUACAAGCACGCAAGAAGACUUAAAAGAAAGAAGAAGAAAUAAUAUAUUUAGUAUACA